UCAGGCUGUGAGGCUCCCUGAGCCCUGAUGUUAUCCGGACCACCACCACAGCCACACCCCUGCUGGAAGGUCGUCAGUGCUGCCUCUCCCAUUGUCUGCUUGCUGGUUCCUCCUGGCUCGUCCCAGUGCCACCUUCUGUGCCUCCUCUCCCUCUGGACACAACCUUGACGCUGCCACCUUGGACAAGAACACUGGUUUCGUUGUGUUUUUGGUGGACUUUUGGCUUCCUGUGUUUCAUGGGCUGUUUGGCCCUCUCUUGGGGGUUGUAUCGACGUCCUCCAGGUGAAGGGAAACCCAUUUAGAUCCCGUCGACUCCUCUCUCUUGAUUUCAGAAUGGUAUAGCUGGUCGUCAGACCCAGCAGUUAUUAGAGACAUUCCCCAAGACUAAUUAAGAUACUUUGCGACAGUGUUGUGUCUUUUGGAGACGCCCCAUAUUAGAAAGCAACUUCUGCAGUCAUCUACAGGAGAUAAUUGUCACUAACUUCACGAAUUAUAACGAAAAUGGAGCCUCACGAGUGUCCAGAUUGUGGAAAAUCAUUUAAUCGUCUGGAUCAUAUGAAGACUCACAUGAGGAUUCAUACGGAUUUUAAACCUUUCGAGUGUCUUGAGUGUGGGAGAAGCUUUAAAGAACGUAGAAGUGUAAUAAGUCACAUGUUAGUGCAUACUGGUGAUAAACCUUACGAGUGUCCCGAGUGUGGCAAAGGAUUCAGUCAAUCUGGCACAAUGCAGAGACAUAGAACAGUGCACAGUGAUGCCAGACCUUUUGAGUGUACCGAGUGCGGGAAAAGAUUCAGUCGUCUUGGAGCUUUGAAGAAUCACAGCAUUGUGCAUUCUGACGAUAGGCCUUUUGAGUGUACCGAGUGUGGAAAAAGGUUCAAAGCCCGAAAUAAUGUUAAGAGUCACAUGCUAGUGCAUACAGGUGAUAAACCUCAUGAAUGUCCAAAGUGUGGGAAAAGAUUCAGUCAACCUGCUCAUAUGAAGGUUCACAUGAUGGUGCAUUUGGGUUUUAAACCGUAUGAGUGUCCUGAAUGUGGGAAAAGAUUUAGUCAACUUGCUCAUGUGAAGACUCACAUGAUCGUUCAUACAGGCGACAAACCUUAUGAAUGUCCAGAGUGUGGGAAAAGAUUCGGCCAACUAGGACAUAUGAAUACGCAUAGGACGCUACAUACGGAUGCUAAACCUUUCGAGUGUGCUGAAUGCGGGAAACGAUUCAGAAAACGUUCCAGUAUAAUAAGUCACAUGAUUGUGCAUACAGAUGAUAAACCUCAUGAAUGUCCUGACUGUGGGAAGGGAUUCAGUCGUCCUGGAGAUUUGAAGACUCACAGGCUGGUGCAUACAGAUGAUAAGCCUCAUGAAUGUCCUGAGUGUGGGAAGGGAUUCAGUCGUCUUAGACUUAUGAAAACUCACAGAUUGGUGCAUUCGGAUGAUAAACCUCACCUGUGUAAUGAGUGUGGGAAAAGAUUCAGUCGCCUUGGUGAUCUGAAAACUCAUAUGAUGAUGCAUUCGGAUGAGAAACCCCACCAGUGUUACGAGUGUGGGAAGAGAUUUAGGUACCGUCGCAGUAUGAGAAGGCAUAUAUUAGUGCAUUCAAGAGAAACACCUGGCAGCUAAUGUCCUAAUUGAGUAAAAUAGUGUUGGUAACCAAAUUAUUUUUAAAAGGCAACAGAUGGUGCUUAUAAACUAUAUAGGACUCAUGAACAUUAUCUUUAAGAUAAAGUCUUAUCACCUUGGCAGUUGGACAUUUUACAAAGAUAUUUUUAUUAAUAGCUUUGUGAGAGAAAUACUUUUGACCACAAACUAGAAUUUUUUCAAGUUGGAAGGCAGUGCUCUGCAACUUGUGACAUUUAAAUGAUAUUUUAGUUUUCUGUUCCAAGGCCAAGGCUGUUCUUGGGAAGACCAAGAUGAGGACCACAUUAUGAGAUCAUAAAGACCUAAAAUCAACCACAGCAACUCCCUCCACACUGUUUGGCUGGAGCACACUGCCAUGGCGAGUACACUGUCAGCGCCUGAAUAUUACCACACUUCGUGCCCCAACCAUGGCAAAGGCAGGGGAGGAGGUGCUCAGUCCUGAAACUGUAUGAUGUGACAGCACAGUAGACACUUGGUGUCAGCAAGUUGAACUUCGGAGCCAAAAAAGUAUAAUUUUAAAAAGGAGAAAUAGCUAAAAAUUUUAAACUGAACACUUUAUUACAAUAUACUGUACCUUGUACAGUAUAGGUAAAAUAAAUGAACCAAACACA